AUGGGGCCAGCCGUGGAGCCAGUGGCAGAGAUGAGUGCGUUGACGAUCGGCGGUAAAAAGAAGAAGCGCAUCGCCGGGCGCUGCGACAUAGAGCUGGGCGACGUCACGGCGCACAACAUCAAGCAGCUACGUGCCCUGAAUUCAUGCAUCCUCCCAGUCCCCUAUAAUGCCAAGUUCUAUGCGAACGUGGUCGCCGACGGGGAGAUGUCGAAACUCGCCUACGUGAACGACAUCGUCGUCGGCGCCGUCUGCUGUCGCAUAGACGAGUACGAGAGGAAACGAUCGCUCUACAUCAUGACCCUCGGCACCUUGGCUCCGUAUCGACAACUAGGCGUCGGCAACAUGUUGCUCAACUAUGUUUUCUCAUUAACUACUAAGGAUUCAGCGUUGGAGAACAUCUUCCUUCAUGUACAAACCAGCAACGAGAAUGCUCUCAACUUCUAUAAGAAUCGAGGUUUCGAACAGGUAGGAGUUCAUCUACACUCUACUUUUUGUUUACCUUAG